ACAUUGGCUGAGGACGUCUACUAGAUCCAGUUCGAGGUGGAGAUGCGGCAGCGCAUCGCCUUGGAGCAGCGGGACCUGUUCCGUUGCAGCAUGCGUUCCACUGUCAGCUCUUGCUUCUCCUUUAACUGCCUCGAAGUGAUGAGAAUGACGUAUUUCCGAUCUCCAGCUUCCAUGUGCUACACUGUCGAUGCCAACCAGUGGGCGGACCCGAAUCACCGAUUCCAUAAGUGCAAAGUUCCUUGGACGUGGGUCAAGCCGGGACUCACGUACACAGUCUCCGUGGCACAGCAAACAGUUCGUCGUCUACCUCCUCCGUUCGCAUCGAGAUGUUCGGAUUACAAGGCAGCCGGGAAGAAGGACGAGUUCCUGGGUUACCUGACUCAAGACCUGUGCAUUCAAGAGUGCCUCAUAAAACAAGAAAUUAAAUUGUGUAACUGCAUCAGGCCUCUGCACGAGUAUGGCUCCAACUUUAACGUGCCGACGUGUGGCUAUCAAAACAUGGCCAUCUGUGACAAACAAAUUACAAACAAGACGGUAACAAAGUGCAUGAAGAAAUGUGGAGCGCCAUGCGAAGAAACGUCAUACGAUGUGCGUCUUACAAGCCUGGGAGAGGAUCGGAAAGAGAAGGAAAGGAAUUCGUUUUCGGUUUACGUGAAGUUUUCCUCCGACUCGCAGAAGAUCUUCGAGUACCAGCCAAAGCUGACGCUCAUUGAAGCCUUUGGUUACAUGGGAGGCUACAUCGGCAUGUGGCUGGGCCUGUCCUUGUACUCUCUCAUCACCGAUGCGGAAAAAUGGCUGAGAGACUUUUUCCUGCAGAAAGCUUUGAAAAGGAAGGCGGCCUUCGAAAUGAGCAGCGCACAGCAGCAGCCACGAAUUUUCACCACGAGUGACUACCCCGCUUGGCGGUCGAAUCCACGUCCAGGUGACUGGGGUAGCAUUCGAAAUGCGGACAGUAGCCCGAAGAUAUUGUUACCACCGUCGUACUAG